AUGAGAAGGAUGUUUGGGGUUUGCUCCGAUGGAUGGCUCCUCUGCGGUCAGAAUGGCUCCCCUCACGGCUCGGUGAUGUCCUGUCAGUCGCUGGCGGCGCGCGCCUUCGCCGAGCCAGAGAAGGAGUCUCGAUGCGCCGUCGCCUUCCACAGAUCAGUGCGGUUUAGUUCGGAGUCCCGAAGCCCCAGAACAAAUGACACGGAUUGCAAGAGAGACACUCCCGGCUCGAUGUCUCUCACGGCGCUGUCUGUCAGUCCCGUGACGCCUGGUUCAGCCAUGAGCCAGUCAGCGCCGCACGCGUCUGCCUUUGACUUUGAUGAUUCGCCGGCGCCCCCACCGGCCUGUAGAUUUCCGAAACUCGAGGAAUGCGCCCAUUUUCACUACGAGAGGGUGUCCUUGGGCGGUUUGAGUGUGGAGCUGGUGCCUUGUGAAGCGGUUGAGGGUCUACCACAGGAAGGCUGGGUGUGCUUGAAGGUCCGUUCACACGUGAACUCGACUUGCGACGACUCGGUGGAUAGUAGAACGCUCAGCACGAGUUGGACUGAAGCCAGCGACGUGCGCGAGUGGACUCUCACGAGGAACAAGGAGAAUCUGCUGCAUUUAGACGAGAUGCUGCAUAGGUGUAUAUACGAUAGAAAAGUGUCCGGCCUCCCGAAUCUCAAAGAAGCUUUUACACCAGAACUAGUGCAGGAUGAGACCGAGUAUCGCCAGCUGAUAUCGGAUUAUGUACACCAUUUGUCCAUCAUAGCGGAUGAUUCCAUUAAUUGUGGUCCAGCACUGAAUUGGCUUCAAAUGGAUAAUAAAGGUCACAAACUCCUUGUGUCAAACGAGGAUUCCAACUCAAUUAAUACUCCAGCUGUAGCCGCUGCAUAUUCUGUGAGGAAAUAUGUCUCGCAGGCUCGAGACGAAAUUAGCUUUGAAGUUGGCGAUAUGAUUUCCAUCAUAGAUAUGCCCGGACCCCAGGAGUCCACUUGGUGGCGCGGCAAGCGUGGUUUCCGCGUGGGCUUCUUCCCCCACCAUUGCGUGGCUGUCAUCGGCGAUAAAGUGCCGAGGCAUAUGACCCAGCCACCACCGAUAGUCGGCUCCGUUGCAAUGGCUCCAAUAAAACCGGUUCUCCGUAAACAUGGGAAACUGAUCUCUCUCUUCCGAAGCUUCAUCCUGUCCAGGCCCUCCAGGCGCAGCCUGAAGCAGCAAGGCAUCUUGAGGGAGAGGGUUUUCGGCUGCGACCUUGGGGAGCAUCUGCUUAACUGUGGACACGAUGUUCCCCUAGUGCUGGUGGAAUGUUCCCGGGCGAUAGAACGCCGUGGCGCCGUGGACGGGAUCUACCGUCUGUCUGGUGGUGCGGCGUUGACGCAGCGUUUACGCGCCGCUUUCGACGCGGGCCAACCGCCCGAUCUGACCGCGCCCUUACAGCGUGACCCACACGCUUUAGCCAGUCUUCUAAAAUGCUACUUUCGCGAGCUGCCGAACCCCCUCUGUACGUACCAGCUGUACGAUAGCUUUGUGAGUUCAGUUCAAGUGCCAGAAGAACAAAGACUGAAAGCGAUGAGGGACACCGUUGUCAAACUACCGCCACCGCAUUACAGGACGUUAGCGUACCUAAUGCGUCAUCUACGUCGUGUGUCAUUGCUCAGCGAGUCCACGGGCAUGACUGCUCGAAACAUGGCGAUAGUAUGGGCACCUAACCUUCUGAGCUCACCGAAACCACAGCACGCACUGCAAGGAGUCGCUGUGCAGGCGGUUGUAACGGAAUUUCUUAUCUGUUACGCGGAAGAGUUGUUUGCGCAAGAGCAGGGUGCUGAUUCUGGACCGGAGUCGCUCGAACAGGAUCGAACCGAGUGUCUAGUGGAGUUACGCGGCCUAGAGGCCGGCAGGCGACCGAAGAGCUUACCUCUCAACCCACCGACUAAAUUGCUCAGCUUAGAGGAAGCUCGUCGUCGCGGCCAAGUGUGUGUCGGCAGCGAGAUAAUGGAUUAUCCGCCACCGUCUGGUGCUAUAGCCGCCGCUGCGACCACUCAACUCAAACCCGCUGGGCACUUGAAACCCAAGUAUAUCGAGGUUGGUUCGGGACCAAACAACUUACCUCAGUAUCACACCGUUUUGGAAUUACCCGCGCCCGGUGCCAAACGUGCGUUGAAACGCUCCGUGUCAGGAUGGCGUGGACUGUUCAGUAGAAGCAAAUUACAUAGGCCGCGACCACAUCGGCCAGCGCCUACUACGCCUCCGCCACCGGAAAUAAUAGCGAGCAGCCUUCGCCCCGCCAAAUCCUGUGAAUCUUUAGUGUCCGAGACUGACACACUAGCGCCACUCGCUAUCAAGGCGGCGGCACCUCUCAAACAUCACACCAGGUCAUCGUCGUGCGAUUCGUACUUCGAGCCAUGGCAAGCUGAGUUGGCCGGCAUGCGCUUGCGACUGUCGCCGCAAGAGCGAGACAGACAUAUGUUCAGCGAGGAGGACGAUACGGGACAGCCUGCACAGGACGAUUCGGUGUGUUCGUCACCUGUGGAUUCUAACCCGGCGAGUAACGAGCCAAGUCCAAGGAGGCUACUUCGCGCUGAUGUGCACCCGACCGAUACUUUAGAGAGAAAGCGCGUGGCCUUAGACAAUCUGGAGCAGCAGGUAUCGGAGCUGGGGUACAUCGACGAGAGCGGCACUUGCAGCCCGUUGGCUGAAAAGCGACCGGCCUAUAACAGACCACUCAGUCCUAGGAGGCAGGCGGUUGCGAAGAGGGUUUGCAAAGACCGCGACAGCCCCCUCUCGUCUACUUCAGACUUCCAGGCGUCCCUGUCUAACGUCAAACUGAGAGAACGAAAUUCACCAAGGAAACAAAAAAACUCAGCACGAUACAGCGGCUUACACGCCCCCGUCCUUACCGACCCUGAUAAGCCGGUGACGCGGCUCACGUGGCACGGCAAAGACGGCCACUCCACGCUCAUCAAAAUAGACUGGCCCAUAGAGAAUUCGAUCAGCAAUCUAACCACCAGCACCAUCAACUCUAGUCCCAUAACGCCAGUCACGCCCAACUACGACCCCCUAGAGAGCGACUCUGAAACCAGCGAUAACAAACACACGAUAACAAUCACCAACGACUGUGAUAACUGCGACGAGGAGAAAUGCCUCAAAUGCGAACUCAAGGCCACCGAUUACGAAAACAUGAAAGACUUAAGGGAUUACUCCGAACAGAACCUACACGACAGUUUGGAAGUUAGCCCGUUACAUUCCACAGAUAUAAGCUACCAGAAUCUCAACAGAUUGUCGGCUGUAUCGACCUCCUCCAAUUCCGAGCAGAUUUCGAAGAAGGAGGAUCUAAUGAAGAUUAUGACGUCAUCGCACGAGAGCUCCUCCAGCUAUUCAAAUUCAUCGAGCACAUCGAAAAGCUCUCCCGGUAGCCCUUUGAAGAGUCCGUUGAAGUCUACAAUAAGCAUUACGUUUAGAUCGCCAACAAAGUCUAAAUCGCCAGAUUAUGAACCGAUCGGAAACGAAACGCCGACGAACGAAAGAGAUUCCGUGUACGAAGAUAUAGAUUUAGACAAAAACCUGUCCAUAGUGGAAGAAGCAACCGUGCCUCAGGCGGAUGCGAGUCUUCCGACGCAACAGGCGUGCCAACCGGAUGACUUUGACCGAGAUCUUAUAAUAUUAGAGACACCGACCGAAAUAAAUUUAGACGAAAACGUCGAUGUCUAUAGUCAAGUGAAAUUCUUCAGAAAAAGUAUUGACGAAGUGAACGCUAUGAUACUAGAAUCUCCAGAAAGAGAUGCGGAAUAUGAAAAUGUUAAUUUCGAUACUGGACGUGAUUACGAAAAUAUAAAUGUGGAUACUCUAAAAAUCUGUGAUAAACUAGAUGUAAGUGCAAAGGAAAGUGAAUCUUUAGAGCAUGAAAACGGUAAUGUGAUAAAGCCCAAAGUCGCAACCAAUUUGAAUGUUCGCGAAUUAGCCAUACGAUUCGAGAGUCCCACUGAACAGAAAGCUCCCUUUACCUUUGAGAAGUUUAAGCCGGACGUGAAAUAUCCUUCGGAGAAAGAAACCUUAGAGAAAACGCCUUCUAUAGAAAACGUGAAAGAGAGAAAGAGAGACGUAAUAGUAAAAUUGCCCCCGCCAGUAUCGCCUAAGACGUAUAAGCUAUCGAAAAACUCAUGCAACGCUAGAUCGUUAGACGAAAAUGCGUUUAUCAAAGAGUUUGGCACUGAUAAAGACAGGCGAAAAAGCUUGGAAGUGAGAGACGUUAGAAGGACAUCGAAAUUCCUCCCAGAUCUAAAUCUCAACACUGAAGAGCCAGAAACCAAAGUCGACAGCAUAACUCCGACCACAGAGAACAAAAUAUCGUUGAUACAGCGCUUCGAUGCGAAACCGGACAUCAAGAAUUUAAUAGGCUUCGAAACGGAGAAGAAGUUGAGCAGGGAAAGAAUAGAAAAGUAUAAAGAGGAGAGACGGAAUUUCCUCAGGGAGAAAUAUAGCUCUCAAUCGUUUCGCAGUAAUCCGGAACAGUUGACUCGGAUCAAGUUGAAAAAGGAAGAGGAGAAAAUAGAGAACUGCGAAAGGUUAAAAGAAUCGAAGUUCGAGAGGAGGAACACGGUAGAUUUGGGGCAGAGGAUGAGGUUUUCGCUGGCGAGGAGCGCAAACGCACUGGAUACGAUUCCUUCGCCUCUGAGUCCGGUUCAGGAUUUCAAUGGCGAGGCCAGUCGAAGUCGGGAUGAUAGGAAAGAGAAAACAUCACCAUCGUACAACAUACGAGAUAUGGCAGCCAUGUUCGAACAGAAGUCACAGAACAACACAAACGCCGGUUGA